UGCGCCUCGCAGACUUCACGGAGUUGUUGUUCAUCACACACUCACCGCGAGCAGCGAUGCGGUGACUAAUAACUACAAGCCACGAGCCAUGGGACCUAGCACACACGGAGUUCUCUUGCGAGUGCGCCGCCAACUAUAAGCGGUCGGGUUUCGCCGUCCAACCCGCAGAAAGAGAGGAAACCCCGACUUCCAUCCCGUUUCAAGGAUGUUCUUCCCAGAUGUGUCUUUUUCAGCCAUAAAUUACGCACUAGUGUUGGGAUUAACGUGCUUGACCGUCUUCGCCAACUUCACCAAAAGCUCCGCGGAGUUCUCAGGUUACCUGUCCAAAGUGCUGAGGAACUACACGGAACAGGCCUGCGACGGAGACUUCCUGUCUGUCCGUUGCCCGCCCCGAACCACCAUUACUGUCCAAUCGGCUUUCUACGGGAGGAGAGGCCCCGCCUACUUGCAGCCGUGUCCCGCACCGCUGUCUGUCCUUACUGGGGCGUGGCCAAUAGGAGAGGAGACGCCGUGUCAUGUGUCCACCUCACUGCAGAAGAUGCAGGAUGAGUGCCAGGACAGGAGGAGUUGUCAGGUGCUUGUCAACAGUCGACUCUUUGGAGCGGACCCCUGUCCAAGCACAAGCAAAUACCUCACGUUGUGGUACAAAUGCAGGCCCAAUGAGUACAAAAGUAAGGUAGUGUGUGAGGGCGAACGCAUGCGUCUGAACUGUAAGAGCGGGAUGCAGAUUGCUGUCUACUCGGCCAUGUUUGGACGCACACAGCAGGGAGCGCUGGAGUGUCCUCCCAACCAGAGGAGGGCGCCAUCUGUAGACUGCCAAUCAGCAACCACCCUCCAGGUUCUGACAUCCCGUUGCCAGGGGAAACAGAGCUGCAGCAUUCGGGCCUCUUCCCGUGAAUUUGGGGACCCGUGCUACGCCGGCACCCGCAAAUACCUCAACGUCAUUUACACCUGUGUUCCGAAGAAGCUCUUGCAGGAGUCCGACCCGGGUCACCCCAAGCCUCAGCCACUCCCCCCGCCGCUCCAUGACCUAAACGUGGUGGGAGACAGUGCCCCCCCUGAUGGCACCCCGCCAGUGACCACUGACGCCUCACCAGGGAAAAAAAAGAGAGAGAGGGAGACGGUGCCGUUCUCGGAGGAGAAGAGCUCGCGGCCGUCGCUGCCCCCCAGCAUCAACGCCACGGCCCUCAGCGCCGACAUGGCCCUCAUCAGCAGCGCCCUGGCAACCUACACCUACAUCGCAGAGCACACGGAGCGGGCAGCGCUCUACUUUGUGUGCGGCGUGUGUGUGGGCCUCUUCCUCACGCUAUUCGCCCUGGUGGUGCAGAUCUCAUGCCGCACCGACUGCCCGCGCCGCCCCUUCCACCGGCCCUGUCGCUCCGGCUCGACCCCGGCCAACCGCCACACGGGCAGCCGGCGCCGUCCGUCGGGCCGCGGGCCGCACCGCAACCGCCACGGCGGCGUUUACACGGACAGCGACUCGACGGACGACUCGGACGACUCGGACUGGGACGCGUGCUCGGACCUGUCGGCGCGGCGACACCGCCGCUUCGAGCGCACGCUCAACACCAACGUGUUCACGUCGGCCGAGGAGCUGGAACGCGCCCAGCGGCUUGAGGAGCGCGAGCGCAUCAUCCGUGAGAUCUGGAUGAAUGGCCAGCCGGACGUGCCGGGCACUCGCAGCCUCAACCGCUACUACUGAGGGUCGGCCGGCGAAAACCUGCAGUCCGCCAUGGACUCGCCUCCUGCCCUCCAAGCCCAUCCCUAUGCCGACGGACACUAAAGCAAACAAACGUAAAAGGACAGGCUAAGGGCUAAGGGCUCAGUUUUGGACUUUUUUUAUUUUAUUAUUAUUAUUUUGAAUUAUUUUUAUUUGAGUUAUUUGAGUUUGUGCUUGACUCCGACGGAUGUGACGUUAAGAUCAGUGUGUGCCUGAGACUCUCCGCGUCUGAUGCUCCCCGCGCGCUCUCGCCAGCUCUCUCCUCCCCCUCUGUCGUGGGAACGGGCUGCCUCUUGGGUCGGGUCGGGUCGGGUCACAGCGCCGGUCCAGCUUCACUCCCACACGUCAGCCUCAAACACAGGGGCCCCUGAGGUGACCCUACUGGGUCGACACUACUCUGCACUUGGCUUCCUGACGUCUAACCAAGCCACUCUUCCUGGAAGUGGAGGGUGAUGGUUGUUAGAGUUUAUUUUAUUUCAAAAACCCAAAAGGACUUAAAAAAGAGCCUUAUGGAACAUGUUUUUGAUUUGUGGCAGCUCUGGAUGGACACUAAAUGCGGUUGUGUGGACAGGACCUCUGCUCUGGCACACGCUCUUUUCUUUUUCUCUCAGUCUUUGUCCUCACAGAAGGUCGACACUUUCAGCAGCAUUCAAACACACAGGAAGAACAAAAGAAUACUGCCUAAACUCGAGGUCUGUUGAAGGACAUUUUAUAAUAUAUAUAUAUAUAUAUAUAUAUAUAUAUAUAUAUAUAUGACCUCAAUGUUAACCACACUGCCAACCUUUUGAAACCAAAAGAGAAUAAUGUUUGGUAUUCAUCUCAACCCUUAUGAAAUCUAUUUUUACUAUUUAAUAGUUUUAUUGUUUGCUUUUUUUGUAUCUAAAUGGUAAUGAGAUAUUUUUAUACAGUGGCAAAGCUUUGUCUGACACCUCAGGGAUACAAUCCUAGUGUUUCUGCAUACGAUUGUUGAUAUUUUCUUCCUAAGAAGGGGAUACUUGCAUUGCUUGAGAUGUGUCAGCUAAAAAAAACACCAUUUGAAAAACCUCAAAGAGGUUGAGUACUUAAAAAAAAAUCUAUAUAAAAUAUAUAUUGAUAUGUUAUGCACAGUGGAGUGCCUUAUCCUGCUUAUGGGAUUUCUUUGGUUUAUAGGGCCCAGUCGAAAUGUAAAUUAUUGAUCAUUUCAUUGAUCAUGCUAUUUUUUUGAUACUGAUGCUAUUUUCUUAUUUUCUUGCCCCUUGUUCAAUUUCUUACUGACUUUGGUGAAGUGGUUUGCCAAAAGUUAUACUUAUCAUAUAAUGUAGUAGGUGGAACAUCUCCCAUUAACUAAUUUAGUUGGUGCUAAAAGCUAGCUAGUUGAGUUUGUGGGAAACAUCGCCUUUUCUAUUACUAAUGUCAAAUUAAGAACAUGAUCCAUCAGGUCGUGUUUUGACUUUGCACAUGUUCUAAAAACUGACAUCAAGAUGAUUACACACAUGAUUCGUGACAGUCGUUUCGUUGGAAAUGAUGGAGUUGAUAUAUAAGCCAAGAGAUGUACCGGUGUGAAGUCUUUUGCCAACCAGUGCCUGUCAGGCUAUGCUACAUUUCUGUUACUUUGGUAAGGUUGAAAAGUCUAAGAUGUUCAGGUCAGAAACUCAACUGAAGUAAGCCUACCUUUCCAUAAUUGAUUUAGUGAUAUGCAGUUUGAAACAACUGGCCUAAAUACACUUGACUACUUGUGAUUGAGGAGGUUGUUGGUCUAGCUGCCUGGCCAGUUGUAAAGGGCACAGUAUGAUAUGCUAUCAAACCUAUACACUCACAUGCUCAUAGCAGAAACUAGUGUAAUUCAUUCAAAUUCUGCCUUAAUAGAAAUUAUCUAGGAGCUUGUUACGCAAGAUAAACACUGGGCAGAAAUUGACCCUCCAUGCAAAUUAAGGACACACUGAUUAUAUUGUGUAGACUUAUCUAACAGGGAAUGUUCGGUGUUGAAGUACAAUUCUCUCUUUGGAUUCUGUAUUCUGUCCAUGUAUUCUAUCUGCAAAAUAAGCUAGUCAUUUCAGUGUCCCUGGUCUGGUAUUUUGCCACUUAAAAUGAAAUGAUGUAAAAUAUUGUUGUUUGCUUUUUUAUUUUUCAAAGAGAGUACAUACUGAGAUGUUGCAUUAGAGAUAAAGCCCUAUUCCAUCUGAAGAACAGAAAGAAAGAAACGGGAACUUUGUCAAUGGCUGGAGGCUAUGUGAGACCAAAAAUCCACUUGAGCUUGGAAUAAACUGCUUAUGGAGACA